UAGUUCCAUCGUUCUGAUCCUCAGGUCAAGAAAGUGAAAGUUAAGAGAUAGUUGAGAGCCAUGACUGGAAGAGAGGCCUCUGAUGGAAAACCAAAGGGGAAAACCUUAGCCCCUAGUAUUGGAAACGAGAAAUCAGUGAGACUGAACGGAUCUGGUUUUAAAUCUAAAGGCUUCGCCAUCACAGAUCUCCUUGGUUUGGAGACGGAGUUGCAGCCCUCCGCUGGUCCUGGAGUCGGUUCCAAUGGAGAGGGUCACGGUGCCAGGAUGGGAGGAUUUGCGUUUGCAGGGGGGUCCUUGCCCCUCGGUCUGGGGUUCCUGUGCAGUUUGGCAGCCCAGCAACCCUCGGGAGCACCCUGCUUCCUUCCGCGUCACAUCCCUCUUCUUCAAACCAGGACAGAAAGCCAGUUUAUGCAGAAUGUGGAGCAACACAAGGAAAACUACUCCGACGAUGACAGUUUUUCCGGAGACACCAACGACCUCAAAAACUCAGCAAACUCCCAGAAUAAGAGGAAAAAGAGGCGACACAGGACAGUAUUUACUGCUCUUCAGCUGGAAGAGUUGGAGAAGGCGUUCCACGAAGCUCACUACCCCGAUGUCUAUGCAAGAGAAAUGUUAGCUAUGAAAACGGAAUUGCCUGAAGACAGAAUACAGGUGUGGUUUCAAAACCGGAGAGCAAAGUGGAGGAAGCGUGAGAAAUGCUGGGGUAGAAGCAGCGUGAUGGCUGAAUACGGGUUAUAUGGAGCAAUGGUGAGGCAUUCCAUACCGCUUCCAGAAUCAAUUAUCAACUCAGCGAAAACUGGAAUGAUGGGAUCUUGCGCCCCCUGGCUGCUCGGUAUGCACAAAAAGUCUUUAGAUCCAGCAAAGAAGCCCAACAACAUAUCAGAAUCAAGUCAUUCUGAAUCUGGUUUAGAAGAAAUGAAAGUGAAAGACAGCAACAUCGAGUGGGCAAAUAAUGCAAAUACAGUGGAAGAGUCCGAGGAUAUGGCAAUUGACCUUUCCAGCACUGCAAAACAGGACAACAAAAGCACUUUGAAACCGUCUAACAUGAAGUCACAACAUGAAUCAGACAGCGAAAGCUAAAUGCGUAUAGAUUAUGCAGUUUUAACGGACACUGACUAUGAGUAUCUUCUAAAAAAGAUACAUUUUGUAAUGUUAUGUGUAUUAAUUUAAAAUAUCAGUGAUAGGGGUUAUUGGAUCCAUUUGUAUUUAAACAGUAUUUGUGAGAAAAGCACUUCUUUUUAAUACAGAAUAUCAAGAAAUGUAUAAAUGUUACAUUUAAACUAUACCUCUCUUGAAAGUGUUUCACUUGUUGUAUAUAAUGUAGUUCCUAUAAAGCUUUAGCUUUCUAUAUAUGCAGAUUUAUAAGAAACACCCGUAGCAAUAUUUUUUUUUUAAUAGGCUAGAAUGAAUGGAGCAUAAAUAAAGAUAAAAAACCAGCAAGACCUCUAUAUAUGUAUUGUUAUGCAAUGAGUUUGUAUACCUUUGAAUGCUCUUAUGCACAAUAGUGGAUCUUUUUUUUUAAUAUAAAAACAAAGCCAUAUAUAUAUAUAUAUAUAUAUAUAUAUAUAUAUAUAUAUAUAUAUAUAUAUA